AAUUGUUUUUUCUGCCACAGCAAUCUUAGCCAAUACGAGAGUGACUGUUUUGCCUAUGUCAUGGAGAGCUCAGCGCAGGGCGACGUUAGAGCUUAAAAACCAGCGUUUGCCAGCACCAUUUAUUCUGUUUUUCUAUCCGUGAAGUGCAGAGCUCGACGCUAUGGCAAGAACCAAGCAGUCCGUCCGUGAGUCCACCGGUGGCAAGGCACCAAGGAAGCAGCUCGCCACUAAGGCUGCCCGCAAGAGCGCGCCGGCUACCGGCGGCGUGAAGAAGCCUCAUCGUUACAGUCCCGGCACCGUGGCUCUGAGGGAGAUCCGCCGUUAUCAGAGAUCUACUGAGCUGUUCAUCCGCAAGCUGCCCUUCCAGCGCCUGGUGAGAGAAAUCGUUCAGGACUUCAAGCCCGACUUGCGUUUCCAGAGUGCAGCCAUCGGGGCCCUGCAGGAGGCGAGCGAGGCAUACCUGGUCGGUCUGUGCGAGGACACCAACCUGUGCGCUAUCUACGCCAAGAGAGUGACCAUCAUGCCCAAGGAUAUUCAGCUGGCCCGCCGUAUUCGCGGAGAACGCGCUUAAACCACAACUCCGUCUAAUAUACGCACAGUCCAGCUCACUGUCUCAGAAAAAUGAGCAAGUCUUCAUUCUUUGGCUGUUUAAAUAUUUAUAAUGUGGUAAAGGGAAAGGAAAUGUAUAAAUAGUAUAUGUGUAGAUAUGGAUGAUUUAUAUUUCCAUAAACAUUAUACAUAGGUUUCUAAAUGUAUGUUAUGUAUAUUGUAUAAUGUGUGUAUCUGUGUAUCCAUAUUCACUUGCCUUUCUUUUCUGUUUAGAAAUUAUAAGAGUUAUUUACCAUUUCCAUGUCAAGUACUGAAUAUAUCUUAUUUAAAAAUGGGAUACUACUACUAUUAUUACUACUACUUUAUUUUUAUAAUAAUAAUAAUAAUAAUAAUAAUAAUAAUAAUAAUAAUAAAAGUUAAUAAAAGUGCUUAGCAUGUUCUCCUCAAGCCUACAGGACUGUUGGUUUGAUUCUCGCCUGCAUGUUCUCCGCAUGCUUUGUUUCCUCCACGUGCUCUGGGUUUCUCUCCAGUCCAAAGGCAUGUGUUGUGGGCUGGUUGGCAUCUCUAUAUUAUCCAAAGUGUGAGAUUGUGCCCUGCAAUGGGUUGGCACGAUGUCCAGGGUGUCCCCUGCCUCAUGCCUGAAUCCCAUGGGAUAGGCUCCAGGCUCCCCGUGACCUGUGUAGGAUAAGCAGUACAGAGAAUAGAUGGAUGGAAGGAUGGAUAUAUGGAUAUUGACUGCCUUCAUGUGGCCCAAUUUAGGAAGUGCAUGUUCCCCAAGACAUAACUGUUUAGAGCAGCGGUUCUCUACCUUUUUUUAAAAAAAAUUGUGCACCCUACACAAACACCAAUGCUAGACAGCGUAAAUUUGGUUUAUACUCGACAUGUCCGGAAAAAAUUAUGUCAUUGCGGAGUGUGCGGUCGAGCAUGUUGAGUGCGCAAGGCCUCAUUUCUCGUGGCGAUCUGCAUGGCACCGGAUCCGGAAAUGAAUGACUUGGAGGCGACUCUUGCCGGAAGGUACGAUUGUACAGGUAUCUCUAUGAUCCAUCCAUGCGGGACCUUAGAGAGAGCCAGAUGACACAAAAUUCAUGGAAAGGUUUUCAAAAUAGUGAUUUGCAUUUGCUUUGUACGUACUGCUGAGAUGAUAAAGCCAAAGCUGACAGUCACUACACUACACCAUCAGACACAGUGAUUACACCUCAUUCUGCUGUCUUUAUACACAGACCUUUACACUCAUGGUGAACAUCCAGAGUGAUCAUUCUGUAAUAUCUUUCAUUUAUCUCUAUACAUAAAGAGACAUUUACACUGAUGGUGAACAUCCAGAGUGAUCAUUCUGUAAUAUCUUUUUUUUUUUUUUUUUUUAUCUCUGUACAUAAAGAGACGUUUACACUGAUGGUGAACAUACAGAGUGAUCAUUCUGUAAUAUCUUUCUUUUGUCUCUUGUUAUAGGAGACCUGGAUCUCCAGAAUUUGUAGUCUCAGCCCUGCCGUUAUUUAUUUCUAAAUGUAAAUACAAGCUGAUAUAAUAUGCUAAGUUCAUAUAUUAUAAUUGCCUUGAAAUAUGUUUUAUGAUUAAACUAUGUAAAGAACCUCAACCUUGACAGCCCAGGGAAAUACAAUCGCGUCAGGAGAAAGAGAGGUCCAAGAAGAAAAAGGGAACAAGCCUGCCCCAAGGUAUCCAGAGAUAUGGAGAAAAACGGAUUGGAAAAUCUUCCGCUAAGAAGGCUGGUCCUGACGUUCUUUAACCGGACAUGCGAGGUUUACAACUCGACACGCUGGAUGUGAAGAGAACUGAGGAACUAAUAUUGGAAAGUAAUUGUUUAAUGAAGAAAUGUGAUAGUAUAAGGAGUGUCUUGAAUAAAAAGGGGGCUGAAGCUACAAUGUUAAAAGACCGAGCUAAAUUUAAACGUGCAGAGAGCAUUACGCAGCUAAAUCAGAGAUAUGGACAAAAAUACACUGAGAAAAUGAAACAAGAAGCACAUGUCUGUCUUGAGAGGCCUAGACCAUCUAUUUUUACCACACAGGUGGACACAUUGGAAAGAUUGAUCAAAAGCAUUGAUAUAAAAUUGAAGCAUGUCAGUGAACCAUAAAAGAACAUUUAACAGUUUGAGAACUGUUUCUCAAACCACACAGCUUCCUGUUUUUCUCUUAAGAAAACAAGUUAUCAUUCUUUACCGAUAUGUUGAUCUUUAUGCUGUACGGUUUUGUGAGAAAUACCUGCUAUAUUCUUGUUUUUCUCUUAAGAAAGCGCCAUACACUUUUCUGUGAAUUCUAUUUUAUCUCUAAGAAAGCAAGUUAACACUCUGUUGAACUUUAUGCUUUCUGCUGACAACGCUGCUACAUUCUAUUUCAUUUCUAAGAAACCGAGCUAGUGCAUCAAACCUCAUCUUGUUUUUUUCGCUUAAGAAAGCGAGCUAGAGUUGUACACUUUUCUUAGAAAUAACUGCUACACUUUUGUUUUUCUCUUAAAAAAGCGAGCUAGCGCUGAACACUUUUCUGACAAAAGACUGUUUUUUUCUGACAAAAGACUAUAUUCUAAGUUUUUCUCUUCAGAAAGUGAGCUGGCGCACCAAGACUGCAUGAUAUUUUGAGCAUCAUGCUUAAACCCUAGCACCUGAAACCACAAUAAAUAAAGGUAUAAAUACUUGGAAUAAGCCAGCAUUAAUUUGCCACUCCUCGGGUGAAGGUCUUGUCAUUUUAAUUUCUUGAAAAAGGAAACCACUAUUCAGAUCCUGCGUGGUCUAAGGAUUUUCUUUAUUUUAUUUUUCUCUAUAUUUUGAGUUAAAAGUAAUUGUAAUCCUUUUGUUUUUUACUUUAAUAAACCGAAGUCUAUAUAAAGGAUGAUUCGUAUAUUUCAC